UCUCUUUAGUUUCAUUUUUUUUAAAAAAGGAAGAAAAAGGAUUUCCAGAGCAUGUCAGCAGUAAUAUGAGCUGUGUUGAUGCUCUGGGGCGGAACCAGGGCGGUCCAGCACCCGGAUGCGGGAACAAGAAGAAGUUGUGACAGGAUCCAGUCCAGACAGACCUCAAGUCGAAGACUCACUUUUAAAAAAAAAAAAUGUCUCCGAUUGAAAACCUAACCAUCACUUGUGACAAAGAAGACGCGUAUUCAGAGGGAGAUACGAUCACGGGGGUGUUGUCCUUCAACCUGACAAAAGACACGAAAGUGAAGAGCGUUUCCGUGAAGGCUAAAGGGGAAGCGUACUGCAGCUGGACGGAGGGGAGCGGGGAUGACGAGCGCAGCUACAGCGCGUACAGGAGCUAUUUUAAAGAGAAACACUUCGUGGUGCCAGAGGAUGCAACAGGCAGUGUACUCCCCAAAGGAAUCCACCACUUUAAGUUCAGGCUUACAAUCCCAUCAGAGAGUAUGCCGUCAUCCUUUAAGGGGCUACACGGACAUAUUAGAUACAUUCUUCAAGCAAAGAUAUCAAGAAAAUGGCGGUGGUCAUCUACAGCGACGAAAGAGAUCGAUUUUGCCUCAAAGUCCAUUCUAAAGUUUAGUGGAACAGGGUGUCCUCAGUCUGGAUCAGUUAAUAAAAAGGUGGGGGUUUUCUCAAAAGGAGAGGUCCAUUUGACUGCUUCUGUUAACAGAGAUAUGUGUUCACCAGGUGACACUUUAACUGCUUUUGCCAAAAUCUGCAACACAUCCUCCAAAUCGAUGAAACCUAAAUUCAGUGUACUCAAGAAAAUAUCGUACCAUGCUGGGGGAUCCACUAACUUCAGCCAUGAAACCUUGUUCAAAUGUGUUGGGGACACUAUCGAACCAAACUCUGAGGCCACUUCCUCCUGUAAUGUUGUGAUUCCUGCUUCUGCCAUCUACAAUAUUAAUAACUGUGAGAUUAUCUCAGUAGAUUAUGUCCUCAAGGUGUAUUUGGACAUCAGUUUCCGCAUUGACCCAGUGGUGGUCAUUCCUCUGACUAUUGCUCCUCCUAGCUUGACUUAUCCUUGUGAGGAGGUGGGGCCUUAUCCGUCUGGUGCUUUUGGGGUCCCAAGUUACAGUGAUUUCCCUGCUCCUCUGUACCCAAAUCUUGUCCCCACAGGUGUUUUAAAUCCAGCACCUCAACAAGCAAACCUAGCAAGUGGCUCCAACGAGUUGCCACCAAGUGCUCCUCUGUAUGACUUUUUAGCUCCAGCUUAUCCUUCUCCAUCAGUCCAGCAGCCAGCCACACGGCUUGAUAAUCAACCAGAAGAUCAACCCCCAUCAUAUUCAUCUCUUUUUUGACCGUCAGGACCCCAGUGGCAAGAGUGAUGUAGAUUAGGAAAAAACUAACCAUUUUUCAA